AUGGACAAGAUGGAGGAGGAUGGAGGGCGGCCGGUGCCGUUGCAAUUCGGGCAGAUCAAGCACAUCGAAGAAAUCCUUGCUACAAAAGAUCUGAACGGCCAAAGCGUCCGGGUUCUCGGCAAAGUGGUCGAGUUCGACAUUCCCUCGAACCGGGUGGUGCUCGAGUCGCCGCACGGACGCACGCACCGGCUCACGGUGGACACACGGCUGCUGGAAGCCAUGCCCCUCGCCACCCACUCCCUCUUCCAGGUCAUCGGCGAGCUGCGACGCCAGGAGGACCAGCCAGGCGGGUAUGUGUUGGAGGCCCGCGUGGCGCGCAACGUGGACGGGCUCGACAUUGGGCUCUACGAUGAGGCCCUUCGACUCAAGCGACAGUUCGAGGCCAAGGCUCAACAGCUCGGCUGA